AUGGACACACGGCCCCACAUCCCCUGCGGAGCGGGCCUCCCUACGGUGGCACCUCUGAAGAAAUGGCUAUGCACAUGCUGCUUGUACACGCCUGGAGAUGGGAGGCUCACUACCAUUCAGGGCCUGAGUCCUGCACCCCAGGAUCCCACGUCCGUUUUCACCUUGGGCGCGGCGGCUGGGGGCCUCAGUGCCAUGGUCCUCAAUGACCUCCUGGGCCGGAAGCUCAGCAUCAUGUUCUCAGCCGUACCCUCGGCAGCUGGCUACGCACUCAUGGCAGGCGCCCACGGCUUCUGGAUGCUGCUGCUGGGGAGGACAAUGACAGGCUUCGCCGGGGGGCUCACAGCUGCCUGCAUCCCGGUGUACGUGUCUGAGAUUGCUCCCCCGGGUGUUCGUGGGGCCCUGGGGGCCACGCCCCAGCUCAUGGCAGUAUUCGGGUCACUGUCCCUCUACGCCCUUGGCCUCCUGCUGCCGUGGCGCUGGCUGGCUGUGGCCGGGGAAGGGCCUGUGCUCGUCAUGACCCUGUUGCUCAGCUUCAUGCCCAACUCCCCCCGCUUCCUGCUGUCGCGGGGCAGGGACGCGGAGGCGCUGCGGGCGCUGGCCUGGCUGCGCGGGGCCGACACCGACAUCCGCUGGGAGUUCUCGCAGAUCCAGGACAACGUCCAGAGACAGAUGGGCCGGCCAGGGCCCCCCGGAGAGAAGGUCGCUGACACCCAGCUGUCUGGUGCCCCUGCCGCCCUCCACCAUGCCCUUGGAGAUGCCAUCCUCGGUCCCGAGGACUCGGACCUGGUGCCCUCUGUGACCCUGGCCGCAGCCCUGGUCCUGGUGUUCCUCCUGCUCUUGGCCUGGCUGGUGUAA